AGAAAAAUAGAGCAGGGACCUGCCUCCCUCGUUCCCUCGCUCCCUUCCUCCCGACCCUCGGACCGACCUCGUGCAGCGUUCCCACUCGCUCAGAGUCGCUCUCGCAAUUCCGAUUCUCCCUUGCAGCCUCGAUCCGCAUAAAUUGCUCACUCCGGCCUUUCCUCCCCCUCCGUACCCUGCCUUCGGACUCGCCUCUUCCUCCCCCUCCUCUCCUCUCCUCUCCUCUCCUCUCUCUCUCAGAGCUCGGGAGCUGCAGCGGCAGUCUGUUCCCCCGGGGGCUGGCUCUCUCUCUCUCUCUCUCUCUCUCUCUCUCGCCGCUGGCCUUUCCCGACGAAACGGAGCCCCGUGAUUGGCCAGAUAAGCCUUAAGUUAGCCAGUAAGUUAAUGAAGAAUACGUAUUCUACUCUAAUCUACUCUGUAAUGUACAGUACAAUAUACGUCAAGAAGUGUACAGGAGAGGCUGUACAAUACAGUAGAGCGGCCGAGUGCGGGGUCGAGUGUUCCCGCCUUCUUGUCGAUCGUCUCGUCGUUUGAGCGCCGAAUGAAUCAUCGAGACCGCGGGACGAGGAUUUGAGGAUUCGAGGCUCGGAUUUGCUGCGCCUGGUCGCCGAUUCGGAAUUGAGGCGAGGGAGCUGGGCUGGGAUGGGAGAUUUGCGGGGCGCUUCGAGGAGGGAGCGGAGGGCGAGGCCCGAGCAGCAGUCACCGCGACGCAGCUCGUGGAGAUUUUCGGCGUGCUUUUGAUGUCCUCUCCAGUGGACGAUGGCCGUGCCACGAGUUUUGAAUGUCGCCGAAAAGCCCUCCGUUGCCAAGGCCGUGGCUGGGAUCCUUUCCCAUAAUCAGGUUCACGUUCGCGAGGGUCGUUCUCCUUACAACAAAAUUUUUGAAUUUUCCUACUCCAUCGGUGGUCAGCCAUGCUUGAUGCUGAUGACUUCUGUCACUGGGCAUUUGAUGGAGAUGGACUUCGAGGAUCAGUAUCGCAAAUGGCACUCAUGCGAUCCUGCUGUUUUGUAUCAAGCACCUAUACGAAAGCGAGUACCGGAGGAUAAACUGGCCCUGCAAAGGACUUUGCAAGAGGAGGCCAGGCGAUGUCAAAGGUUGGUUCUAUGGCUCGAUUGUGAUCGAGAAGGCGAAAAUAUUGCGUAUGAGGUUGUGGAGGUCUGCCAGGGCAGCAAUCCCAGACUUGAUAUUUGGCGAGCUCACUUUUCAGCCUUGAUCGAAAGGGAUAUACACCACGCUGCUCAGCAUCUUGGUCGACCCAAUAAAAUGUUUGCGGAUGCAGUGGACGCCCGCCAGGAAAUAGAUUUACGCAUCGGCGCAUCUUUCACUCGCUUCCAGACAAUGCUGCUGAAAGAUUCUUUCAUACUUCCUUAUGCAGACGAAGAAAGGAAGAUGGUGCUUAGCUACGGUCCAUGCCAGUUUCCAACGUUGGGGUUCGUAGUGGAGCGAUAUUGGCAAGUCCAAGCACAUGUUCCGGAAGAAUUUUGGGCCAUAAAUUGCUCCUACAGUGCAAAUGAGGGUUCUUGUCAAUUUGUGUGGAUGCGCGGAAGAUUAUUUGAUCACCUGGCUGCAUCUGUCAUCUACGAGAUGUGUUUAGAAGACUCAACCGCCACGGUUAUUCAAGUGACCGGUCAAGAAACUCGUAAAUUUCCACCUUGUCCUCUAAACACGGUGGAGCUGCAAAAACGAUGCUCUCGAAACUUCCGCAUGGGUUCCGAACAGAUUAUGAAGGUAGCUGAGGAGCUAUAUCAAUCGGGCUUCAUAAGUUAUCCAAGAACUGAGACAGAUUCCUUCAGCGAGAAUACUGACCUUCAGGCCAUGGUACUGGCUCAAACUGGACAUAGCACCUGGGGGGCAUAUGCUCAGCGUCUUCUGGAUCCAGCAUCCAACCUCUGGCGACAACCCAGUAACGGAGGUCAUAAUGACAAAGCUCACCCUCCUAUUCAUCCUACCCGCUUUUCGGAAGGUGAAUCGAACUGGUCGCAUGAUCAUCGAAGGGUCUAUGAGCUGGUCGUCCGCCACUAUCUGGCAUGCGUAUCACAGCCAGCCAUUGGUUACAAAUCGACGGCAAGUAUAGAUAUUGCCGGAGAAACGUUCACAGCAACCGGACUCAUGAUAACAGCUAAAAACUAUCUCGAAGUAUACAUAUAUGAUUCAUGGGGCACGUCAACGCUCCCCACAUUCGAGAUAGGCCAGCAGUUCGUUCCGGACAGCUUAACUCUCGAUUCGGGAAUGACCAUGCCUCCUCCACUACUGAGUGAAGCUGACUUGAUCAGCCUAAUGGAUAAGGCUGGAAUUGGUACAGAUGCUACAAUGCACGAUCACAUUAAGAAGAUUCUGGAUCGUCGCUAUGCUACAAAAGACGCCAAUACGCGAUUUUCUCCAACAAACCUUGGUGAAGCUUUGGUCAUGGGUUACGAUUCAAUGGGGUAUGAAUUGUGGAAGCCUUAUUUGCGAGCAAUGAUGGAGAAUGAUAUGAAAGCUGUGAGCGAAGGGACGAAAAGCAAGGAUGUGGUGUUGGCCUCAUGUCUGCAGCAGAUGCAAGACUGCUUUCUCGAUGCAAGACAAAAGAAAGAGAAACUUUGUGAAGCCAUGGAGCUCUUUUUUGAAAGAGCUCAAGGAGGAAGGACACAAGGAGGCGAAGCAAUUGGAGAAUUUGUUCGCUGUUGCCCUACAUGUCAACAGUCCAAUAUGCUUUUGAAGAAGAGACAGGAUGGCAACUAUUUCGUGAGCUGCUCAGGAUAUCCCCUAUGCAGAGAUGUUGUUUGGCUCCCAAAUGCCAUUUCAGAGGCAUCUGUACAAAGUCAAGCUUGCGAGGUUUGUGGGCCAGGUCAAGUUUUCAAAAUCAGAUUCAAAUUCAGGAGGGCCGAAAUCCCCCCGCAGUACAGUACGGAUUACACAGGUUGUGUAGGCGGGUGUGAUGACAUCUUGAAAGAAAUUAUUGAGAUGUGUGGAACAGGCUCUCGGCCUUCAGCUGGAGGGAUUAGAAGUGGUGGAUCGAAUUCGUCUGUAACUAACCGAAGAACAGGGCAAGGAAACGCCACGAACUAUUCAACUGAGGGAAGUAGUGGACGUGCGUGCUCUAAUUGUGGGCAGCUUGGGCAUUACUCCACUGAUUGUCCCCGGGGACAGGGUCAAGGUAGCGGCCGUCGUCAGAGUGGGAGCACAGCGGCAGGUUCGAACGAAGAUAUACGGUGCAGUUGCAACGAACAGUGUGUAUUGCUGACAGCUAAUACUGAGGCUAACCGUGGCCGCCAGUUCUACGGAUGCCCUUCACGAACCUGUGGUUUUUUCUUGUGGGAAGAUGCUGGUCAAAAUUCCGGAAGGGUUCCACAAUCCACUGUCACGCGUAGGAGUAAUUCUUUCAGCGGUUCGACGAAUACUAGAGCCCAAAGCGGGCAAGGUGUGUCACGAGCUAAUGGCAGCAGAGGACGUGGGAGAACCACGAUCAGUACCACUAAUCGCACCAGCCAAACCAGUAGCAGAGGUAGAAGAGGUCAGUCCUCAGGGAGGGCAAACCAAGGGAGUACAAACUCGGAAAGAGGAAGUUGUUAUAUAUGUGGAGAUUCCUCACACUGGUCUAAUACAUGCCCUUCAAGGAACUGAGGUAUAACUUUCUCGUUUGUGACAGAGAAUCUCUAUCUGCCUAAAUUUCUUACUUCGAGUAGACAGCUCUUGGCGAGCACUGCUGACUUCAUUGUUCGGGUUUCACACCUUUUAAAAUAGAUGGUUUAGUCAGGGAGAACUCUUUACUCAACUAGAGGUAAUCUUAGGGAUGCUGAGGUUAUAGGGUUUUGAUCUAACAUGUUCCAACAUGUCCGGAAAUUGUAAUUCUGAAUGCAUCCUCGAGAUACUUCUGAAGUUUACUUCGUUUCUUAACAAGAGGGG